CCACGGCUAGAGGCAGGAGAGGGAUCCCGUCCGCGUCCAUCCACCGCCCCCCGUGGGAAGGCAAGGCAAGGGAAGAGCAGCGAGCGUCGCAGGAGGCAUCGGCCCCAGCUCCGGCUCCGCCCGCCGCCGCACCGUCCCCCAUCCUCCCCCCGAUCCGAUCGCCGAUCGCCGGCCCUCGCCUCGCCUCGCCUCGCCUCGUGGCAAUAUUUGGAACCCCUGUUACCGAUCGCCUCAUGCCGUACCACUGACCGAUCCCACCCCCACCCCCACCCCUCUACCCCCGCCUCCGCCGCCGCCGUUCCCGCAGUCGCCUCCGCCUCUCGCCUGCUACCCCAUCGAGGCUCUACCUCCCGAUCGGACUAGGGUGCGGACGAUGGCUAGCAGCGCCGACCCGCAUGCGGCCGUUGCCGGGGCCGGGACGCCCCCGUCCGAUAGCCCGGUCGGGGCGAAGAAGGCUAGGGCGGCGGCCGCCGUCUGGAAGCUCCCCGCGGGCGCGACGGUGCCCGUCGCGGUGGCUGUUGAAAACCCUAUCAUCGACGCGGACUCCUGGCCGGCGCUGCCCGGGCUGGUCUCUCCGCCGCCGCCGGCUGCGGGGCCAGCGGCCAAGGCGUCCCCUAAGGCCGCUUCUCCAGCUUCCACUGUGGCGGUGAUGUCGCCGGCCUCUUUGGGCAAUCCCGGCGCGCCGGAUGCUAACCCUGGAAAUGAUGCUCCGGUGCGCAAUCCUGUGGCCCGGCGUGCCCUGGUGAUGCCUGUGGCGGAUGGGCUGGAGAAGAGUGCCCCUGCACCAGAAUCAUCCCCUGUUUAUGUGCCUAAUAAUGCCCGGAGCAACGGCGCAGAUCCUCAUCAGAAUGGACGCUUUGGCUCCCACCCCCAUGCCCGAGGUGGUGGCUAUGGUGGGGGAAACAGGAGGGGUAAUGGUGGAGGUGGUGGGCGACGUGGGGGUGAGCACCACGGGGGUUUUGAUGGACAACGGCGCGGAGGUGGACGCAGAGAUGGGCAUGGACCAGUUCAUCAGCAGCGUGGCCAUCAGCCAACAUACAUUAGGGCUCCUCCUACUCUGGCUGUUGUAGCAGGAGCACCUCCGCCGCCGCCUCCAUUUGUUAGCCCCGCUACUCAGACACCACCUUAUGGGGCGCCUAUGGGCUUCCCUGCAGACAUAGCACCGCAUGUUUACUAUUUUGCGGCACCCACCUCGGAAGGCAUUCAAGGCCUGCCUUUUGUGCAUCCAGCAAGCCCCCAAGCUGUUUUAAUCGACCCUUUCCGAAAGGGUCUUCUGGAGCAGAUAGAAUAUUAUUUCAGUGAUGCCAAUCUGUGUAAGGACCUAUACCUGCGGCAACGCAUGGAUGACCAAGGUUGGGUGCCAUUAUCCCUGAUUGCUGGCUUUCCCCAAGUCCAGAAGAUUACUAAUAAUAUUCAGUUUAUCUUGGAAACAGUCAUGCUAUCUAACGUUGUGGAAGUGCAGGGUGACAAACUGCGAAGGCGUGGAGCAUGGGAGAAUUGGCUGCUUCCAAAACAAAAUUAUUCUGCUGGGAGUUCUUCUGGUUCGUUGUCCCCUGUGACAUCCAACAUUGAUUCUCUGGCAUCUCAGUUUCGUUCUGUUGGAUUUGAGGGGGCAACAUACCAUGCCAACAUGCCAGGAAUGCAUGGUGAAGCUCUCCUGACAAGAUCAGCAACUUCAGUUAGUCUAGGUUAUCAUGCAUCAACCUUCGGUGGCCUACAGAGCAAUGGGAGUGGACCUCUUUUUGGGCCGAAGUCUGCAAGAAAUUUACUGAGGAGCGAUACCUUUUGAGGCUAUAUAUUCAAGAAAUAUGAAGUAUAAUGGCAGGCCGAGUUUUCACAGUAACGGCCUGCACACCUUAUCUCUUGUGAGGUGAAAGAUCAGUUGGUAAAAAAAACAAAAAAAGGGCAAAAGCAUAAUACCAAAAAAAAAGAGAUAGGCAUACACAAAGAACUGAAAAAAACGAAAAAAAAAAGAAAAUACAAAAAUAAAAAUAAAAAGGGCAUGACAGCUUUUGUGCUGGUACUCCUGUCCUUUGUGUCAUGUGAACCUAGUAGGUUUGUUUUCGAAUGCUAGCAGUUUGAUGGCUGUUUUGUGUAAACCGAGUUAUUAAAUUGUCAUGGAUGGUAUCGUUCGGAAACUGUUGAGUGGUCGAAGUUAUAUAAAAGUACAUGACAUUAUUAUUAGUUCU